GGGUACUUUGAAUGUGGAACGGCGUGGAGUUCCCAAGCUGACAGCGUAUUGGAGUGAUCUAUUUCACACGCUGAUCAACAUUCCUAACGUCCGCUUCUACCCGUUACUUCUGCUUGGCUACUCGCUGCUAUUUGGAGGGUUUGCUGUCCCCUAUUACUAUCAGUCUGUGCAGUAUAACUGCAUCCCGGGGGUUAAGAAUUACUGGCAUGCUUUAUGGUUCAGUGUUCAGUCCGCCAUGACCAUUGGGUUUGGGGGAGAUCUGGUUCCUGAUCCUAACUGCUUCACACUGAACCUCCUUAUCGCCCUCCAAUCACUUGCUGCUUUGAUUGUCGCCUAUGCCUUGCUGGGGAUAGUCUACACACGGUUUGCCCUUCCCUCCCGUCGAGCUUCAUCACUCGUGUUCAGCCAAUGCAUGGUGCUCAACGAGGAAGACGGAGUGCCUCGCCUUUCAUUCCGGGUUGCUAAUGUUCGCAAGCACCAACUCAUAGAGGCACAUGCACAGCUGCUGGUGGCAAUCAACAAUAUCAUGAGUGCAGAGAAUGAGGCGCUCUUCAAGUUCUCCAAUCUUCCGAUCCUAGGAGGGGGCUUCGUUUUUCUUGCUCUCCCCUGCAUCAUCACUCAUGCAAUCACGAAGCACAGCCCACUCCAUGGCAUGUCCCUUGCUAUGAUGGAACGCGCUGACAUUGAGUUCCUUGUGCUUAUAGAGGGCGUAGAUGCUCCAACAUCAGCCAAGCUGCAAGCCCGACAUUCCUACUCGCCUUGUGACAUCAAGUUCAACCACCGCUUCUCCACCAUGGUCAGGCGGUCACCAAGUGGAAUCCGACGCGUGGACUUCACCAAGUUUCACGACGUCCAGCCUGUCCCAGCUACUCUUCGCCGCCCCCACUUCCUCCCCCACGCUCCCUCCUGGGAAAAUCUCCGCAACCUCUCCUCCCUCUCCUCUCUCCCCGGCGUUCUCCGCCACCCCACUGCUGUCUCAACCGACAAAUCAGGUGCCAUUAUGGGCCGAAGGGAUGCCCCUCACCCCUUCCCAGGCCCUGCUGACUCUGCUUCUGCCUCUCAAGCUUCACUGGCUUAUCCACCCGUGAUUUCCGCUGCUGGUGGUGGUAGUGGUGGUGACCCUGCUCCUGUUGCAGCUGACACGAUUCGAAAGAACUCAAGCUUCAUGAACAUCCUUUCUCUUGGAUUUGGGCCUGGAUCAGGUGUGUGGAAUGCUGCUCAUGUAGGGACAUGGUCCAUGGAAGCAACAGCAGAGGCUGCAGUGAGUGGAGCUGUGGUUUUGGCUCCUGUAGCAGUCGCAGCCACAUCAACAGCAGUCAUAGCAGGAGGUGGAGAUGCAGCAGUCACGGUAGGAACAGCUGCAGGAUCAGCGUCACAAGCUCCUGCGUUUGAAGGGAGGAAGCAGAUGAGGCGUAUGAUUGCUGUGGCAGAGAAGAGGGAGCAGCAGUGGCGAUCACUUGUUGUGGACCUUGCCAUCAAGCCCUUGAAACCCUGCAGGAGCAGUUGCGUUGCGCCUGCCACAAUUCUGAGCGAAGUUACGAAGAGCAAUGUAGAUUCAAUUCCCGUCCUUUCGCAAACGGAGGUGGCGGAGAGGCUUGCUGGCCACAAGCAUCCUAAUCAACGAAACUAUCGCGCGUUUUACUCGAGUGUGGUCGGCGGAAUCACGACGGAUCCAGCAGCUAUGGUACUUCCUAUUGACGAUCACAUGGCUCACAGAGGCCACGCUGUUUUUGACACCGCCAUUAUUUGCUCAGGGUACUUAUAUGAGCUUGAUGAGCAUGUUGACCGUUUUAUAAAGUCAGCUCGUGCGGCAAGAAUUGAACACUCAUAUUCUCGAGAAGAGCUUAAAGCUAUUAUCAUCCAGACUGUCGCUGGUCAGUAA